AUGGAGAGUGAUGAUGAUUAUUAUACCGUUUCGGAGUGUUUAAGUUCAAAAGUUUCCUCAUAUGGAUCAUGUACGCCUACCGCUUCUGAUCAAGAUGAAGAAUUUGAUACGGACACUGUCGUCCGAGAAGUGUUGCAGACUAGAAAAUUAAUGCUUUCGCCUGUUCGAGGAUGCGUGGAAACCAGCGAAUAUAUUUAUAAAGAUACGCCAAUACUGAGAACUGAAAAACAGCCUAAAGUAAGUACAUAA